AUGCCGAUGACGUUGGAUAUCGAGCGCAAGCUCUUUGCGCGAUCCGAUCGGGUCAAAUCUGUCGACUUUCACCCCACCGAGCCAUGGGUCGUGACAGGUCUGUACAGCGGAGCAGUGCACAUUCAUAAUUACACUACAGGUAGCAUAGUCAAGACUUUUGAAGUUGCCGAAGUGCCAGUCCGUUGCGUACGCUUCAUAGCUCGCAAGAGCUGGUUCAUUGCUGGAUCGGACGACUUCCAGCUCAGAGUCUUCAAUUACAACACGCACGAAAAGGUGACGAGCUUCGAAGCGCACCCGGACUAUAUCAGGAGCUUGGCAGUGCAUCCUACUGGACCUUAUGUCCUGACAGGAAGCGACGAUAUGACCAUCCGGAUGUGGGACUGGGAAAAGGGUUGGAGGCACGUUCAGGUGAGCGGAGAGUGGUGGUGUCAAGAGACGCGCGUAUGCUAAAAUCGACGCAUGCCGAAACGUUUGUGCAGACUUUUGAGGGACAUGCGCACUACAUCAUGGCGUUGGCUUUCAAUCCCAAGGACAGCAACAGCUUUGCAUCUGCUUGCUUGGACCACACGGUCAAGUUCUGGACGCUGGGUUCCAGCACUGCCAACUUCACAUUAGAGGCGCAUGCCCGCGGCGUCAACUACGUCGACUACUACCACGGAGGUGACAAACCAUACGUGAUCACAGUCAGCGACGACAGGACGGUCAAAAUUUGGGACUACAUUUCCAAAUCUUGCGUUCAGACGCUCGAGGGUCACGUGUCCAACGUCUCCUUUGCCGUUUUUCACCCCUCCCUGCCGCUGAUCGUGUCCGGUUCGGAAGAUGGGACUGUCAAACUCUGGCACAGCAAUACGUACCGGCUCGAGACUACGUUGGACUACGGCUUGGAACGCGUUUGGUCCAUCGCUUACAAGAAGACGGGCAAUGAUGUUGCACUGGGCUACGACGAAGGCGUCGUCGUCGUCAAGCUCGGCAAGGAGGAGCCGAGCGUCAGCAUGGACGGUAGUGGCAAGGUUGUCUGGGUCAAAGGCGCUGAUGUGCUGAGCGCCAAUUUGGGCACCAAUGACUGUGAGUUGUAAUCCCAGUCAGACCCGUCGCUACGUCGCGCUCACUGCUUUCCGUUCGCAUGUGGGUAGAUGCCGACGUGACGGACGGUCAACGCAUCGCGGCCGGAUCUCGCGAGAUGGGCACUACCGAAGUCUACGCGCAGCUGAUGCUGCACUCUCCGAACGGCAGAUUUGUGACUGUCUGCGGUGAUGGCGAGUACAUCAUCUACACUGCUUUGGCCUGGCGCAACAAGGCGUUUGGCUCUGGCUUGGGAUUCGCUUGGUCGCACGACAGCAACACGUACGCCGUUAGGGAGAGCAGCACCUCGCUAAAGGUAUUCAGAAAUUUCAAGGAGAGACCUGGACUCAUCAGUCCUGGAUACUCAUUUGAGGAUGUCAAAGGCGGGGCUCUUCUGGGAUUGCUGGGCAAUGGAUUUGUGUGCUUCUACGACUGGGACACUGGCGCGCUGGUCAGGCGCAUUGACGUCGAUGCGAAGAACGUGAGUCAUUACAUGUGUACUUUCAGGCGCUUGCGUGAGCUAACACGAGGCGAGCUUCCGCGUGCAAUCAGCUCUACUGGUCCACCACCAAUGAGCUCGUCGCCAUUGCUGGCGAAGAGUCAUUCUACGUUCUUCGGUUCGAUCGUGAGCCUUAUCAGACGUACCUCGAUUCCGGCGCUCCUGUCGAGGAUGAUGGCGUAGAGGAUGCGUUUGAUGUCAUCACCGAGAUUCCCGAAGUGUGAGCGUACCAUACUCAGGGUGGCCUCACUAAUCGACAGACACUGAUUCUUGCUCUCCUGAUCGGCGAUGCAGCAUUCGCACGGCCAAAUGGACUGGCGAAUGCUUGCUGUAUACCAAUGGCCAAAACCGCAUCCAAUACUUGGUCGGCGAGCACACUUACACCAUCAACCAUUCUGACCAGUGAGUGUUUCUGCGACCAGAUGCAUCAGCAAAGACGUGCACUGACAUUUCGACGAGCGCGUCUGAGCGCAGAGAGCUCUACUUGCUCGGCUACCUGCCCCAACAUGGACGGGUGUAUCUUGUGGACAAGGAUGUCAACUUCUUUAGCUACGCCUUGUCAUUGGCCGUCGUGGAGUAUCAGACCGCUAUUUUGCGACAGGACCUUGAUGGAGCUAAGGAGAUCCUUGAGAGGGUACCCUCUGAGCAACGCAACCGCAUUGCUCGCUUCUUGGAAGCUCAAGGUGAGAUGUCCGUCUUACGCACGGGACAUUGGGAGGGGUGAUAUCUGACCUUGUUAGCCCGUCUUGCCCAUCUAGAAUUGCGUCAACUGGCCUUGGAAGUCUCCACAGAUCCAGAUCAUCGAUUCGACCUGGCAGUAGCACUGGACGACUUUGAGACUGCGCUCGAUAUUGCGCGAACCGGACCUGCUGCGGGCUCAGAGCCUCGUUGGCGGACCAUUGGCGACAAGGCCUUGGCUCGUUGGAACGUGACUCUCGCAAGGGAAUGUUUCGAAAAAGCAAACGAUUUCAGCUCACUGUUGCUGUUGGACACUUCGACUGGCAACAGGCAAGGACUGCAGACGCUGGCGUCGGAUGCGAGGGGAAAGGGAAGCAGCAACAUUGCGUUUGCCGCUUUGCUAUCUGUUGGGGAUGCGCAAGGGUGUGUGGACAUUCUGGAAGAGACGGGAAGGUCGGCUGAAGCGGCGCUGUUUGCGAGAACGUAUGCGCCCAGCAAGGUUCAUGCUUCUGUCAAUAGCUGGAGAGCUGAGCUGAAUGCGACCAAGAGGACCAAGCAGAGCGCUAUUGCCGCUUCCCUAGCAGAUCCCGUCUCCAAUCCGGAAGCUUUUGAAGAGGGCUGGGAAGCUGCGCUUGCCAAAGGUGAGCGAUCAUUGCUUGCCGAGUCUAGGUAUGCCAUCUGUGAUGCUGACAAGAUUCACCCUUGCGCCGUCGCUUUCGUAGAGGAAGAGCUGCUCGCGGCCCUUCCUUUCAGAAGAGCAACGGAGGCGGAGCCCCCAGUAGUCGUGCCUGCGCAGGUCGCCUCUACGAACGGGCCCAACGGGGUCGUGUAG